UUUUGAAGUGAGCGAGGAAAAAUGGCGACCAUCGCCGUGAAGUUGAACCGGAGUAUAUACAUAACAGUCAUGAAUCUACCGUACAGUCUGGUAAACAAAAUUAGAGUGUCUGUGCUGUUAGUUUUAAUACUCACUUUAGCAAAUAGUACUUAUGGAGAAAACAGCUAUGAAGAUAAUACUUAUGAAUUUCUCAAGCGAGAGUAUUCGCUGAGUAAGCCAUACCAAGGGCUGGGUUCAUCCAGCUCUUCUCAUUGGGAGUUUAUGGGUAACACAAUGAUCAUGCCUGAUACCCUACGGCUGACACCAGACUUGCAAAGCAGACAAGGAGCCGUCUGGAGUCGUAUUCCCUGCUACAUUAGGGACUGGGAACUGCGUGUACAAUUUAGGAUCCAUGGAGAUGGGAAGAAAAAUCUACAUGGUGAUGGUCUUGCAAUAUGGCUGACCAAAGAGCGAAUGCAAAUAGGUCCAGUGUUUGGAAACAUCAACUAUUUCACUGGUCUGGGUAUUUUUGUGGACACAUAUCCCAAUGAUGACAAGCAGCAUGAGAGAACUUUCCCUUUCAUCUCUGCAAUGGUCGGCAAUGGGAGUGUCGCGUACGAUCAUGACCGUGAUGGGCGGUCUACUGAUCUUGGGGGCUGCACCGGUCACAUACGAAAUGUUGACUAUGACACCUUCCUCUUGGUCAGAUACAUGAAGAACAGACUUACAGUGAUGACAGAUGUCGAUGGGAAACAAGAGUGGAAGGAGUGUCUGGACAUCCCUGGUGUGAAGCUGCCACCAGGUUAUUAUUUUGGAGCCUCAUCAGCCACUGGAGACUUAUCAGAUAACCAUGACGUGAUCUCCCUCAAGCUAUAUGAACUUACAGUGGAAUACAGUCCAGAAGAACAAGACAGCCAGAUGGAGAUCACAAUACCUAGUGUAGACUACAGAGUGGACCCUAAUGCUGAUACAGUUAGUGAAGGAAGGAGCAUCAUCACAACCUUCUUUCUCUUCAUCGUUUCCGUCGUUGCGCUGGUUGUGGUGGUCGUGGUUAUUCUCUUUCUGUACAGCCGGUAUAAAGAAAACAGCCGAAAGCGCUUCUACUGACCAUCCGAAGAAAUUGUAAGAGGAAGGCAACCGGACGAGAGAUCCGACGUGAGUGUGACUGACUUUUUCAUGAAGAUCAAAAGAAUGCUACUUGUUCUUGCCCCAUCACCAACAGAAAGGACCUGAAGGUCAGUGCUAAGCUGAAAGCCAUAGCUACCCUCCACAAGUGGAAACCGACAACCUCAAUUGCGAUUUCACCAACAUCUUUUAGAAGAAAGAAAGAGAUUUUUGGGAGAGGGACGAUACAGACUUUGUUUUUCCUCUUCAGAUCUUUGUGCUGUAUUUUUAUACCUGACCAGUUACAUUGACUUUGGCCUUUCACCCUUAGGCAGCAUAGGAAUUGAUGCGCAUAACACCAAGUGAAUCAGUUAAUCAUAAUGCUGUUUACUCAGGUUGUCUAAUACCACUGAAGAUUUUUUUUUCAAUUGCACAGAAAUCAAUUAAAUGAAAAUGUGAACCUUGAACAUGAAAUGUCACAAUAUUGGUAAAUCAGUAAAUCAUCUCUUAGCUAUCAGCGUUCAUGUUUUAAACAGUAUGCAAAUUUGAUUACCUUUAAUUUCAUUGUCAUCCCAUAGCUUUAUAUAUAAAUAAUGCUGUCUGACUGGCUGUUCUCUUCUAAAUAGCCAGCAAUAACCAUCAAUGAGAAAUGUGAAAGACAUUGUCCCAAACUCAUGUUUUGUAAUAAAUAUACUUUGAUAAGUGUCGCUGUGUUACAUGUGCUCCUCUUUCCAAAACUGCACUGAACUAAAUAAGCUCUAUUGAUCCUAUUGUGGCUUAUCCAGGAACCUUUAACCUUUAGUUUGUGUUUUAUGGCCUUAUUUGAAUACAAUGUUUAAUAAUUUUGAUUUGCUGAUAAAUAUAAUAGAAGUGGUGAUAAUAUCUUUAAUUCAUGUAGCCUAGAGGCAGAGAUGCACUACUUUAUUAAUUGCAUUGUUAGAAGGGUUUUUUCUUUUGUUCAAUUUGAUAUAUCCAUGUUCCAAUAUUUCACAGCUGUGUGCAGUUACGCAGCCUCUGGACUUUGUUUCACAACUUGAAAAGAUUGUAUGCUGUUAUUAUCAGCUCUGUGACUGAGCAGGGUGCUGUAUCAGACUGAUGUGUUUUAAAUCUUCAUGGUCGUCUCAAUUAUGUUAAAUGCCUAAAUUAAAGUUUUUGUCUUCUUUUCUCGUU